AUGAGGAAUCUGCUUCAUGACCUUGGGGAGCCUAGGUCAGAGCACAUAUACAGGGAAGAGUUUCCAGAACCAGCUGUUUUUUUAAAAAGAGCACAGCUUGCUUCUUUCGGGAGUUGUCUGAAAGCUUUCUCUUUUCCCCCCCCUCCUUCUACAGUUCUGCUGAGCGAAUACGUGGACGAUGGCGAAGUCAGCGGGAAAACCCUAAAGAUCACCGAUUUCGGUCUGGCCAGGGAAUGGCACAAAACCACUAAAAUGAGCGCAGCCGGGACUUACGCUUGGAUGGCGCCGGAGGUCAUCAAAAAUUCCACUUUUUCCCGGGGUAGCGACGUCUGGAGUUAUGGGGUGCUCCUGUGGGAACUGCUCACCGGCGAAGUUCCAUACCGGGGAAUUGACGGGCUGGCUGUGGCUUAUGGGGUUGCCGUCAACAAACUCACCCUCCCGAUACCAUCCACGUGCCCGGAACCCUUUGUACGUUUAAUGACGGAGUGCUGGCAGCAGGACCCCCACGCACGCCCCAGCUUUGCCUCCAUCCUCGAUCAGCUGACAGUCCUCGAAAGACAGGUGCUCCACGACCUGCCACAAGAGUCCUUCCAUUCCAUGCAGGACGACUGGAAAGUGGAGAUCCAGGAUAUGUUUGACGAGCUGCGUGCAAAAGAGAAGGAGCUGCUGAGCCGGGAGGAAGAGCUGAAGCAGGCGGCCCUGAAGCAGAAGUCCCAGGAGGAAUUCCUCCGCCAGCGAGAACACGAACUGGCCCAGUGGGAGCUGGAGGUCUUUGAGCGCGAACUCAGCCUCCUGAUCCAGCAGAUGAACCGCGACCGGCCGCACGUCAAGAAGCGCAAGGGAACCUUCAAGCGCAACAAGCUCCGAGGGAGGGACAGCGAGCGCAUCAGCAUGCCGCUCGAUUUUAAGCAUCGCAUCACGGUUCAAGCAUCUCCAGGGCUGGAUAAAAGGAAGGACGUCUUUGACGCAGGAGCCGGUGGCUCUCCCACGUUCCCACGAUUUCGCGCUAUCCAGUUGGAACCGAGUGAGAGCGAUCAAUCCUGGAACCGACAAGCAUCUCGUCGGGGCGAUGAGACCUGGAAUGGCCAUACCAAGAGCCCAGGCUCCCCUAAGAUGUCUGAGGGCAGUACGCAAAACGGCAGGAGAAGAUCGCGGCCAGAAGAAACAACGUGGUACAUAGAACCAGUCGGUUCCCCUGUUCCCUCACAACUCCAUUCUCAGCCCAGCCAGAACGGCGACGUUCCUGUCGUCAACUCUGCAGAAACCGAGGAGCCACCACUGGAAAGGCUGAACGGGCCCCGGCUCAUCCAGAGAGUUUUACUCCGGGGUUCGGCCUUGCUGGCUUCCCUGGGCUUGGGCCGAGAGUUGCCAGUCCCUUCUCCGGAGGGGCCCAUGGAGGGGCCAACUUCAAGGAAGCCAUCUCCCCGAAGAGAGCCUACUCCUGCUUUACAGGUGGAGCCCUGCAAGGAUGAGGCGGCCACUGAUCUCCUCAUUGAACUGGACUCGGUGGGGGACAGGACAGCCUUGCCACCUCUCUGGACACAAGAGUCACCCCGGGCGGCACAACUCGCAGAAGGCCGGGCCACUAAGGCUCAAAAGUGGG